CAGGGAUGUCAAACUUGUUUCAUUAAGGGCCACAUCGCAGUUAUGGCUGCCAUCAGAGGGCCAUUUGUAACAGCGAAUAAUGUAUGAAUUUGCAUCUGGACUUCAUUAAUAAAUAUAUGGCAACAGCUACUUCUAAGGGAAGAGGGUCAUAAACAGUUAACAGAAAAGGUCGUAAAACAGUUUAAAGAAGCGGUGCCUGCAGUGGAGUCUGGUCCUGCUUUCUCUUCGCUUUUGUAGUUCUUGGGUGAGGAACAAUAUCUUUCUGUUGAUUAAACAUAAUGAGAGGAACAAACACCUUUCUGUUGAAUUCCAUCCUAAACUGUGGAGUUUUACAAGCUUUCUUCUUGGUAGGUUCAAAGACAGCUUUUCGUCUUCUCACUGGGAACUCAUUUCAACACAAAGUUUUUGUGUUAACUUAGAUAAAAUUCAUCUAACAGGACCAAUACGCACAGUUCUGCAUAAUCAAAUAAUUUGAUUGGACUUCAAGAUGUAGAGACCAUUUUCUCGUUAGGAUGAAUUGAAUCCUUAUUAAACCAAACUUGUUGAGUCCUUCUGUUGCACACAAGCAAUUUGCAUCUCCUAAAAAUAGACCCAACUAAAGCCUCUUAAGUUCAAACCGCAUAAGUUGCCAACAAAUCCCUGAAGACAGUGGUGCCUUUAAUGCGCCAAGAGUCGAGGGAUGCUCGGAGGUGCUCGCCGGGGACUCUGGUGCCUGGACGAUGGGGACGAAAGGAGUAGAGGUCUAUCGGGGAAGGUGGGGCCUCUGCCAUGAGUAAGUUGCGGGUGGAGGACUUGGUGGCCAACACGGCCUACCUGAGAGCUCAGCAGAUUGACCCGAGUGCGUUGAGGAAGGAGAGACUCUCCCUGAGUCUUCCUCAGCCAAAGAGCCUCUCAGCUCUGCGUGAGGCCGUAGGGACGCGGUACGAUUCGCUGUGCGAGCAGCAGCCCAUCGGCAGGAAGUUGUUUCGGCAGUUUCUCCUCACCUCUAACCCCGAGUACUCCGCCGCCUUCGAGUUCCUGGAGGAGAUGAGGGGUUUGAGCUUCGCUGAAGACGAAGUGAGAGCAACAAUUAUGCAGAACCUCCUCGAGCAGUCCAGGAGUUUUCUCACGUUCCUCACGGGAGAGCUCGCGGAAACAUGCAAGUGCUUACCGGUCAAGUACUUGGACGAAGCCUCGGUGAGCAAGAUGGAAGAAGCCACCAGAGACUUCCUGAGGGGGAAACCUUUCUGUGAGUAUCUGAGGAGUCCGUUCUUUUACAGGUUUCUGCAGUGGAAGGAGUUUGAGAGACGGAAGAUCAGCGACAAAGACUUCUAUCAGUUUCGGACGUUAGGGAAAGGUGGUUUUGGUGAGGUGUGCGCGGUGCAGGUGAAAAUAUCCGGGCAGAUGUACGCCUGCAAGAAGCUGGAAAAACGAUGUUUGAAGAAGAAAUGUGGCGAGAGGUUGGCGCUGUUGGAGAAGAAGAUCCUGGAGAAGGCCAAUAGUCUUUUCAUCGUGAACUUGGCCUACGCCUACGACAACAACACCCACCUGUGCCUGGUCAUGGACCUGAUGAACGGAGGUGACCUCCACUUCCACAUCUACAAGCUGGGAGAGCGAGGUAUCCGCAUGGACCGUGUGGUGUACUACGCCGCUCAGAUGACCAUGGGCGUCCUCCACCUGCACUCCAUGGACAUCGUGUAUCGCGACUUGAAGCCAAAGAACGUGCUGCUGGACGCUCGCGGUCAGUGUCGACUGUCUGACCUCGGAUUGGCUGUCGAGCUGCCAAAAGGGAAAACCAUUUGCCAGAAGGCUGGGACAACUGGUUACAUGGCUCCUGAGAUUCUGAGGCAGCAGUACUACAGCACGUCCGUGGACUGGUGGGCUCUGGGCUGCUGCAUCUACGAGAUGGUGGCCGCUCGCCUGCCUUUUCGAGACUUCCGUGAAAAGGUGCAGGAGAGCGAGUUGACUCGCCGCACGCUGGAAGACGAGUGCAAGUUUGAACACAAGGGAUUCGAACGCUCAACCACUGACCUCAUCCGGGGCUUCCUGAAGAAGAAGGUGCAACAUCGCCUCGGGUGCCACGGCGAUGACCCCCGAGAGCACGCCUUUUUCAACAGCAUCAACUUCCGGCGCCUGGAGGCGGGGCUGCUGGAGCCCCCCUGGGUGCCAAGACCCGACGUGGUGUACGCCGAAGACCACGACGACCUCCAGGACGCGUCGGAAGCCCCGGACAUUGAACUCGACGCCAAGGAUGAGAAAUUCUACCGAGAGUUCAGCACAGGCGCGGCGUCCCUCGCCUGGCAGAAGGAGAUGAUUGACAGUGGCCUGUUCGACCAACUCAACAGUCCAGAGGUGAAAGGUCACGUGGCGGCAUGGAGAUCUAAAAUGUGCGUCAUUUUGUAAACUAAAUUUGCCUUAAACACGGUAAGUGCCACAAUUUAUAUAUAUAUAUAUAUAUAUAUAUAUAUAUAUAUAUAUAUACACAACUGCAAUUCUCAGCACAUUUAUAGUUUCCAUGACGUCAUUCUCUUUACUUGGUGCUAACUUAUAAACAAGCCACUCAUGACUUUUAAUUCCAAUACUGUCAUGCAAGUCAACUUUUCACCGCCAGAGGCCGCCAAACACAAAGAAUUGCACACCUUGGGUAGUUUCUUGCCAUACUGAAAAUGACAAGCAUUUCAUUUUAAAGCCAAAUAAUUCCACAUCUUUGUGUUAACGAAGUGCACUCAACUCCACAAUCUCUGCCAACUCCCAACACAACAUGGAGUUCAGUACUGUAUUUCUUGCUUGAAAUCCUACUUUGUUUCCUUACUGUCUUAUUGUUUUGGACUGAAUAUUAAUGUUUGACCAA